AUGAAAAAACAAGGCAUCUGCUGGGAGUCCGAGGACGUGCUAGUGUCAUGGUACUGGUUCCUCAACAAGGUAGUCGCCCACGCUGACCACCAGCCGCACCCCGAUCUCGACUUCGCCGAGCUCUUCGAGGUGUUCUGCGAGGGCCGCAACAGAUGCGGGCCCAUGUGGCGGCAGGCGGCCGAGUACUGGGAGGCGAGCAGGGAGAGCCCGGACAAGGUGCUCUUCCUCAGUUACGAGGAGAUGCUGCGCGACCCAUCGGGCAACGUCCGGAGGCUGGUGCGGUUCCUGGAGUGCCCGUUCACGACGGAGGAGGAGGAUGCCCGCGUGGUGGGUGCCAUCUUGGAGCUGUGCAGCCUGGAGAAGCUACGGAACCUGGAGGUGAACAAGAACGGCGCACCGGGGAUGAACACUGACUCCAACGUCGCCUUCUUCAGGAAGGGCAUGGUCCGCGACUGGAGCAACGACAUGACGCCCGCCAUGGCAGCGAGGCUGGAUGCCAUCGUCGAGGACGUGCUGCGAGGCAGCACGGGCUUCUCGUUUACUAACUCUGGCCACGUGGAAGAAGGUGCUCCUCCGGAGAUCGGUUGA